AUGCUGCUGGGGCUCGUGCUGCUGAUGUGCGCUCCACCCUGUGAACCAGCCAUGCUGCUUCUGACAGCCAGGCCCUCUCGGCCCAAGGAGGGGAGCUCAAUGACCCUGACCUGUGAGGUGCAGGCCGCUUCUUGGAAGCCGGACGCCCAGCCCCAGUUCUGUUUCUUCAGAGACAGCCAGGCCCUGUGGCAGGGCUGGAGCAGUUCCCCGGAGCUCCAGCUCCCCACUGUGUGGAGGGAAGACUCGGGGUCCUACUGGUGUGAAGCGAAGACCUCAGAGCUCAGAGUCGCUCGGAGCCCCAGGAUUCAGAUACAGGUGCAAGGAGUCCCUGUCUGGAAUGUGAGCUUGGAGACACAGCCUCCAGGGGGACAAGUGCAGAAGGGAGAGAAGCUGGUUCUCGUCUGUUUGGCCACCCAGGGCACAGGAGACAUCACCUUCUCCUGGUACAAAGGGGCCCUGGGUUUGAACCUGGAAACAAAGACCCAGCGCUCAUUGGCCGCGAAGUUUGAGAUCCCGGCGGUGACGGACAGUGACACAGAGAAAUACUACUGCGCGGCCGACAACGGCUAUGGCCCCAGCAUCAGCGAGCUGGUGAGCGUCACCAUCAGAAUCCCAGCGUCCCGCCCCGUCCUCACCGUCAGGGUGCCCGGGACCCGGGCCGUGGUGGGGGACGUGGUGGAGCUUCGCUGCGAGGCCCAGAGCGGCUCUCCCCCGAUCCAGUACUGGUUUUAUCACGAGGAUGUCACCCUGGGGAGCAGCUCGGCCCCCUCUGGAGGAGGAGCGUCCUUCAACCUCUCUCUGACCCCAGAACGUUCUGGAAACUACUCCUGUGAGGCCGACAACGGCCUGGGGCCCCAGCGCAGUGAGGCGGUGCCACUCAGCGUCACAGUGCCUACGGAGGACAGGAAGGAACUUCUCGCCUCAGGAAUCCUUGAAGGGCUGCUUGGCACCCUUGGUCCCACCAUUAUUGCCCUAUUGGUCUGCUGUUGGCUCAAGAAAAGAAUAGGAAGACGUCCGGCCAGGGACCCAUGCAGGAGCCCUCCCAGCCCCAUGGCACAGGUGUCCAACUACGUCAACUCAGUUGCCCCACUGCAGGAACAGUCUGUAUACGAAAAUGUGAACGUCGUAAGCGGGGAAGAGGUCUACUCUUUGGUGUACCAUACGCAACAGGAGCGGCAAGCAGCAGGUGAGAAAUGA